AUGUCUACGAAGCCUAUCCAAUUUUAUGAUCUCCGUCUUCCAGCUCUCGGAGAGAAAAGUUGGUCUCUAAAUACCAACAAGACACGCUAUACACUGAAUAUAAAGCGUCUUUCUUAUGAAACAAAAUGGGUUACUUUUCAAGAAGUUCAUACUAUAAUUCCGGAUAUCACCAAGACUGGCGAGACUCCUACUGUACCUGUAAUUAUAGAUGUUGAGAAAAACAAGAUUAUUCAGGAUUCUUUCGAAAUUGCAAAGUAUUUGGAAGCCACAUAUCCCGAAACCCCUAGUGUAUUCCAUGGAAACGAGCAGCUACACACAUCUAUCCAAAAGACAUUAGAUAUUGGCCUGAAUCUUAAUCUCACCUGUAUUGUUGGAUUAAAAAUAUUCGAGGCAUACGGCGAUGAGGCCUCGCAGGCCAAGUUCAAAAAGGAUUGUGAAUUCAAAUUUGGAAUGUCACUAGAGCAGCUUACAGGAAAUCCAGAGGAUCGCAUUAAGGCAGUUCAAGAUGUAUUGAAAGACUUCAGAAAGACUCUGGCAGAGACUCCUUAUUUGACUGGAUCUGAAGUUGGAUGGGCCGACAUUGUAUUGGCUUCUCAAUUGAGGAUCGUGGACGCUAUCGAUUACGAAUUAUUUGUUUCCAGAAUAUUGGAUGAUGCAAACAGAGGAAAGUCUUUAAGAGAAUGGUAUGAACGCAUGUCUGUGUACGCAUAG